AAUCAGCGCGCGGUGCCGUUGUUUCCUUGCUGUUUGAACUGCGCUCUAACAGCAAGCUGACACCUAGUCGGGAGUAUUAUGAAGUUGUUUGCUAUCAACAUAUUAAAGCAGCCACAUUUGGAGAAUUUGGACAGUUUUCACGUAUAAAGUACAGCAUGCAUUGAUACCAGACUUAAGAUUGUACGGAGACAUGUUAAAUAGUUUUUGAAGAGUGUUUUGGACCGAAGAGGAAUUACAAGGCAUUCUCAAUUGUGUAGUUGACCCACUAGCUCGGUAGCUAGUUUGGACAGAUUGGUGCCUCCUUAGGAUCCUGCCAUGGCUGACAGCAGUAUAGUGACUUUAGGGACAACUCGGAGUCUGUUGGCGGAUUCUUUGGUCUAUGAUUCAAGGAUUGCUGAGACCACAAAGGACCAUGUAUUUCUGGACAUGGCAUAUGAAGAUGGGGAAGAUAUGCUGCCAAAAGUGGAGACAAGGGUUGUUCUGGUGGGAGAAGCAGGCAGAAAUGGAGCGCUGGUCAAAGCACUGCAGGCCAUCAGAGUAAUGGAGGUACCGGUGGUAAAGAUAAGACAAGGCGAGGCUGGUGCCGAAGAAAAAAUGAUGAUAAAAUCUAUAGUCAAUAUGGACAUCAACACCCCGUGCUUAAUGACAGACGACGUCCAGGAGUUUGGAGAUGAAGAGAACACAGAUUUUGAGACGGUGUUUGUCCUCACAGACUUUGAUUCUCCUGACUACAGCUACCUCUACAAACGUGACAACCGCAUUGUUGGGCCUCCUGUUGUGCUGCACUGUGCUGCAAAGGGAGAACCUCUGCACUUUUCAUGUCGUCCUCUCUACUCCACCACCAUGCUUAACCUCUCACUGUGUUUCACCGGUUUCAGGAACAAAGAGGAAAUGAAGAAUUUGGUGAAUCUGGUUCAUCACAUGGGUGGGACUAUCCGGAAAGACUUCAGCACAAAGGUCACUCAUCUCAUCGCCUACUCCACACAUGGGGAGAAAUACAGGCUGGCAGUGUGCCUGGGGACGCCCAUACUCACUCCAUCAUGGAUUCAUAAGGCCUGGGAGAGAAGGGAUGACAUGUACUUCCAUGCAGGAGAAGAGGAGUUUCGAACAGAGUUCAAAGUGCCUCCUUUCCAGGACUGCGUCCUCAGUUUUUUGGGUUUCUCAAAAGAAGAGAAGGCGAACAUGGAAGAGAGGACUCUUAAACACGGUGGCAGUUAUCUUGAGGUUGGAGAUGAGAGCUGUACACACAUGGUGGUGGAGGAGAACUCAGUAAAGGAGCUGCCAUUUUCUCCCUCCAGAAAGCUCUUUGUCGUCAAACAGGAGUGGUUCUGGGGAAGCAUUCAGAUGGAUGCUCGGGCUGGAGAGUCCAUGUACCUCUAUGAGAAGAAUGACAGCCCUGCCAUGAAGAAGGCGGUGUCUCUCCUGUCCCUCACAACCCCUAACAGUAACCGUAAGCGUCGGCGCCUGAGGGACACACUGGCUCAGCUCACCAAGGAGACAGAGAUCUCCCCCUUCCCUCCACCACGCAAAAGGCCGUCAGCAGAGCACUGCUUGUCCACGGGUUCUCUGCUAGACAUCUCUAACACCCCUGAGACAUGCAAAGCCUUGGCAGAAGACAGAGUAGGAAAUGGUUCAGAGAGCAAAGGAUACAAUAUAAUGACCAGGAAUAGGAUGGUAAGAAGAAAGAAAAACAGGAAAUGGAGGGUUAGGACAGACAGGGAAGAGUCGAGGAAAAGGUCCUACCUGAGUACAAGUACCCUUCAGCAACCAGAGGAGCAGCAGCAGCAGCCAAGAACUUCUGCAGAGAGUUCAAAGCCAUCCAGAAGUUCAACUCCGGUUGUGUCCAAGCAGUCUGCCAGGUGGCAUGUCUCCAAGGAGCUCUACCAGACUGAGAGCAACUAUGUAGACAUUUUAAGCACCAUUCUACAGUAUUUCAAACAUCCAUUGGAAAAAGAGGGGCAGGUAGGCGGACCCAUCCUGGCCCAAGAAGAAAUUAAGACAAUAUUUGGCAGCAUCCCAGACAUCUACGAGGUUCACACCAGAAUAAAGAAUGACCUUGAGGACCUCCUGACAGACUGGUUAGAGGACAGGAGUGUAGGAAACAUUAUUCUCAAAUAUUCUAAAGAACUGGUGAAGGCCUACCCACCCUUUGUCAACUUUUUUGAAAUGAGCAAGGAGACUGUUGUUCGAUGUGAGAAACAAAAGCCACGCUUCCAUGCUUUUCUCAAGAUCAACCAAGCCAAGCCGGAGUGUGGCAGGCAGACACUGGUGGAGUUGCUCAUCAGACCUGUACAGAGACUGCCUAGUGUGGCCCUUCUUCUUAACGACAUAAAGAAACAUACGCCAGAUGACAACCCUGACAAGAUAACACUCGAGAAAGCAAUUGAUUCUCUGAAAGAAGUUAUGACUCACAUCAAUGAGGACAAGAGGAAGACUGAAGGCCAGAAGCAAAUCUUUGAUGUUGUUUAUGAAGUUGAUGGCUGUCCUGCAAACUUGCUUUCAUCCCAUCGCAGUCUGGUCCACAGAGUAGAAACAAUCGCCCUGGGAGACCAGCCAUGUGACCGUGGAGAACAUGUCACACUCUUCCUCUUCAAUGACUGCCUUGAGAUUGCAAGGAAGCGACACAAGGUGAUCAAUACGUUUAAGAGCCCGCUGGGACAGACAAGACCACCACCACCACUCAAACACAUUGCACUGAUGCCGCUGUCCCAGAUUCGAAAAGUGCUGGACCUGCAGGACACAGACGAGUGUGUGAAUGCAUUCGCCUUGGUGGUUCACCCUCCGACUGAACAGGAGAACUUGUUGUUCAGCUUCCAACUGACCGGAGAGGAAACGGUUAAAAGUGCGUGGCUGCGAACACUUUGCCGCCAUGUUGCCAACACCAUCUGCAGGGCUGAUUCGGAGGACAUGAUUCAGUGUACAGACCCAGACACACUACAGGUCAGCACUAAAGAUAUGGACAGCACCCUGAGCAAAGCCUCCAGGGCCAUUAAGAAGACCUCUAAAAAGGUGACGAGGGCAUUUUCCUUCACAAAGACCCCAAAGCGUGUGAUCCAGAGGGCGUUCAUGGCCAACAGUACUCCAGAUGAGAAAAACCAGAGGCUGAGUUAUGAAAACCGCAUCGGCAGCAGCUCGACACUGGCAAUGUCUCGGUCUGCCUCUACAUUCAGUUUGAAUGAUUCUGCCAAGAUUAGUGCCGUGGUGCAGCGUUCUAACUCUCUUGACCAACCUCCUGUCAGAGCCAGGGUCCCUGUCUGUAUCCGUACCCCCUGCAGCCCAGCCAAAAACCCUCAGACUCCUGGUCCCAGCACCACCCCUGAUUUCAGCCAAAGUCCCUGCCCCAACUAUAACCCUCGCACCUGGGAACCAAAGUCUAUCCUUCAUGCUCCAUCACUGACCCAACCAGGACAACCUCAUUCAAGCCUCUCCACUUCCCAGCAGUCCACCAAUUUAACCCAUUUCACCACCACUUCCAUACCAGCUAUCCAGAAGUCCACUCAGCUCAACUCCAAAAACUCACAGCCAAAACAUAGCCAGCACGUGUCCAAACAUAUACCCUCUGUAGGGUUCGAAAAAAGGUGCCUGGCUCCUCAGCCUGUUAAUGUCAAAGGCAAGACCUUUUCUGAGUCAUGCAGGGAUCCACAACUCCCCUUGGACCCAGGCAAGGCUCUCCUGACCAGUCAUCGCAAGGAGACUCUGCUGUAAACCAUCGCUAAACUCAAUCCUGGAGGCUGAUGCACACCAUUCCCCCUCCAUGGUCAAUCUGUCUUCAUUGUUUGAAAGGAAGUACCACACAUUCAGUCGUUCGACCACCCACCUCAUCUGAGACACUGCUAUUUGGGAGCACCUGCAGGGAUCAACUCAUCUUUUCGCCUGCUUUGCCUUGAUUGACACUAACAGCAAGAUCUGACCAGACAGGCCAAUGUAUACAAAGUUAAAGCUAAAUGUAAAGUAUAGCAAAGUAGUAUUUGUCCAUACUGGAGCUCUUGACAGACUUUCCAAUUCCAGAAGAAAUUGCAUUUAGCCACAUUUGGAAAAAUGCUCUGAAGCUAGGGAAAACAAUCUGAUAUAUGGUAGUAUCAGAAUUGUCCAGCUAUAUUCAGCCAAAAAUGGUCUGUGUUAGUGAGAGCUUGCAAGAAAAAGAUGAUCCUGAUCCUGAUUCCUGAUCUGACAGGGCAGUUUGGUACACCUUUCCAAACAUAGACAAUGCUUGAAUUAUGACUGCAUCACUAGGAGUUAACUGGAAUGGUACUACAUCAUCCUAGGGAGUACAGGUGAGUGAUUACCACUGGUUCUGGUAAGGUUUGCCUUACCCUUAAAAAUGAAGGAUUUUCUGCAUUUAUUUCUGUAUUUGUAAAUAGAUUAUCUUGACAUAAUUCAGUUUUUUUGUUAAUUUACUUUAACAGACAGUUGUUAAAUUUUGUAAACAUACAUUGUCUGUUCAGAUUCCUGAUUUGUCAACGUAGUUCAGCUAAGUGUUAACACUAACUAUAGACCAAGUAAACAAGAAGUUUCAUGCUCAGGUUUAUAUGGGGAAUUAAUGCUUUCCCCAGAUGUCCCUGGAUGCUUGUUUCAUUUCAAUGUGCUUUGGUAAAGUAAAUUAACAUUUUAUUUUAGAGUUUGAGGUAUUUCUGUGCAGGUUACAGUUAACAAAUGUAGGUUGCUACCUAACCUCUUUGUGCUUUUAAAGUACUAGUUAAAAUUGCAGCUCUUGCCCUUUCCAGGGUCAUGGCUUCUUUACUUAACUUACUUUUGAGUUUUGAUAUUAACUUACAUUUAAUGAUUUAUUUUAAUGGGGAUAGACUAAAUUUCAUAUAUAUAUUAC